GGCCAAGCUCUUGAAACAUGUGCUUCUUCGACCAGCACCGGUUCGUUUGCGGCGACUGGAAGUGGGGCCAUUUCCGCCAGCACUGCAACCGCGAGUACCGCAUUGGUGAAACCUGCGGUAUGAAGUUGAUCAUGACGACGGUGCCGGUGAGCCAGAAGUGCAAGCUGUGCGAGAAGAUCGACACGAAGAUGCGACGCCGGGCAGCCGAGGUGGAGCGUGUCAACCGCUGGCAGCGGGAGGGUGGCAAGUUCAAGGCGUCUAUCGACAAGUCUAUGGACAUCAUCAGGUCCUUGGACUCGGAGAUCUACGACCUGAGUUGCGAGCGAAACAGGAGGCUCCAAGGGAUCGGCAGCAACCACUGAGAGACGGAGGGUCCGGGGAGAGGUGGCGUUUCUGUUUCAAGGUUUUCUUUGGUCUUUUCAUUUUGUUGGAGGAGAACCACUCGUUUUCCGGGUGGGAAGGGGACUUGGGGCGGCAAGACGGAGUGGAAGCGCGGGUGGAAGCUGAGCGGAGACUUCUGGCGGCCGAGAUCCGAGGAUAUGCGCCCACGCCAGUGUUCUACAGCGUAACGGACAGAUUGUUAAUAGGAUUUCCCGCUUUCAAUGAGAGGCAGCCUGUAGCCGCUGAGUGACGAAUCCGUGCGAGUCGCGUAGCCAAAAUAGAAGCGUAGACGCCGCGAACACAGCCGAAGACAGGCUCGUCUGUGGGCGGGCGGGUGGU